AUGGAUCACCUCGACGAUUUGCGGGAAACCUUUGAGACCCUCAGGACAUACCAAAUGAGACUCAAUCCAAAGAAGUGCAUAUUCGGGGUAUCCUCUGGCAAGUUCCUUGGCUUCUUGAUUGAUGAAAAGGGCAUUGAAGCAAAUCCGGACAAGAUACACGCCGUCAUUAAUAUGACGUCCCCAAGGACGGUCAAAGAUGUGCAACGCCUAACUGGAUGUCUUGCCGCCUUGGGACGAUUUUUAUCUAGAGCUGAAGAUAAGUGUCAUUACUUUUUCGGUACCAUAAAAAAGGGCACCCAAUUUGAAUGGAUGCCGAGGGAAGAGGCCGCCUUCCUUCGUUUAAAAGAACACCUGCACACUCUCAGGAGAAGUUCUGUAUCUGUACCUUGCCAUCUCAGAGUACGCUCUAAGUGCCGUCUUGCUUACAGAAAGGGAUGGGACACAACUACCUCUUCGUCCAUACUUCCUGGCUCAUCGGCUGAUAGUCUACACAGAUCAACCUCUAAAGCGGCCAUUACCAAUCUAGAAGCGUCCAGAAGAAUGCUCAACUGGGAAAUUGAGCUUAAUGCAUUUGAUAUUUCGUAUGAGCCGCUGAAGAAUGAAAAAACCCAGUGGGUAGUCCACGUGGACGGCUCUGCCACCCAAAAUGGGUCGGGAGCCGGCAUUAUCUGCGAAUCACCAGAAGGGGAUGUUUAUGAAUAUGCAAUGCGUUUUAACUUUCAGGCGUCAAACAACGAAGCUGAAUACGAAGCCUUGAUAUGCGGAAUCCAGAUGAGAAAAGCAGCAGGGGCGACAGACGUCCUGGUUUUAUCUGACUCACAGUUAAUCGUCAGUCAAGUAAAAGGAGAAUAUGAGGCCAAGGAUGACGCCAUGAUAAAAUAUCUGGAAAAGGUCCGCCAGGAAGUUCAGCAGCUAUCUAACUUUGAGAUACAACAUAUACCCCGGUCUGAAAACAACAAAGCAGACGCUCUAUCCAAACUAGCAAGCUCAGCGUUUUGCGGUACGCCACGUCAUGUGUUUUGGGAGGUAAAACAGCUCAAAAGCAUUGACGCCUCGAGGACAGACAUCCUAGACCGAACAACCAACUGGAUGGAUGAUAUUGUUAAUUUCAAAAUGAAUGGACUACCCCCUGAUGAUCCCAAGCAGGCAGAAAGAUUACAAAGGAAAAGUACCUGGUUCGAGAUAUGCAAUGGGACUCUAUACAAAAAAGCUUUCUCGCGGCCUCUUCUUCGCUGCGUAACCCCCGAGAAGGGGCAUGAAGUACUGGAAGAUCUUCAUCAAGGAUUAUGCAGCGCUCACAUAAGAGGGAGGGCUCUGGUAGAAAAAGCCUAA